AUGGCCGGAACGACGACAUUACCGCCUCUGUCGAGCCUGAUACAGCCUGCGAUACGGGCAGUGGUGUCCAGCGAGGACAAUUGGAUGGGCAAGACAAGCCCUGCAGAGAGGAGGAAGAUCCAGAACAGGCUCAAUCAGCGGACGUGGAGACAGCGGAGAAAGCUUGAAAAGCAACAGCAGCGCCAGGCGGCGUCGACCCGAGAGUCUGGUACCGAAGACAGGAAACCGUCGUCCUCUUCCUCGUCCUCUUCCUCGUCGUCGUCCAGCGCAUCGUUGUCGCCAUCCUCCACCGCCCUGGUACCGACUUUGAAGUGCACGGCAGCAGUACCGGGCGCUUCUAUAGCCAAUGAUGGCACGACGACCGAUGUGAGCGCGACAGUAGCAGUGUCUCGGCCGGGUCUGCACAAGAAGAAGGAGGGCGAGCGGCCGUGCGCCAAGAACGCGACGCUGGCGGCCUUAAUGUACAUUGGGCGGCCACUGCUGAUGACAGAGGUUCGAGAGGAGGACAUGGACGAGCUGCACAAACUGUUCCUGCAGCGCGCGUAUCAGAGCCGAGUAGGGUGCCCCGGCCCUGAUCCAAUGUCGGAUUCGCUGCUGCCGCUCCUGCAGUUCACCCUGUUCCGCGGCCUAAUGGAGAACAUGAAGACGCUGGGCAUCACCAUGCCCAUGGUCUGUGAUGAUGACUGCGUUUCUCCCUUCGGAACCGACCCCAUGUACAAUGCCACUACGACUUGGAAUGUGCCAUUCUUUCUGAGGCCGACAGAAACGCAGCUAACACGAGUACACCAUCCCUGGCUCGACUUCUUGCCCCUACCGCGGAUGCGGGACAACCUGAUCAAGGCUGGAGAUGACUGGGAUGAUGAGGAGCUGUGUCUCGACAUGAUCGGUGACGGAGAUGCGCCAUCUGGAAAAGGAGGGAUGAUUCUAUGGGGAGAACCGUGGGACCCCAAUAGCUGGGAAGUUACAGAGGACUUUGUCGAGAAGUGGCGAUGGAUCUUGGAAGGAUGCGAGGAGAUGAUCAGGUCAUCUAACUACUGGAGGGCAAAACGAGGCGAGAGGAGGAUGCGGGUGAGAAUAUGA